AUGGAGGGUAGCCUUGGUGAUCUUAUUGAUGAGAGGCGGAGCAGGAGAAUCCCUUUCUCGGAGGCCGAAAUCCGAUCAUUGGGCCGUCAGGUGUUGCAAGGCCUUGAAUUCAUGCAUCACCAACGCGGGUUCAUGCACCGGGAUCUGAAGCCGGAGAAUCUUUUGGUGAACAAGGGCGACAUCAAGAUUUCGGAUCUGGGUACUGCUACGGACAUCGACUGCGGCGGCCAAGCCCAUCAUCAUUACGUCACCACAAGGUGGUACAGAGCCCCCGAGAUGCUGUUUCGGGCCUUUGUGAAAAACGAGAGCCUUCGACCUUUUGAGUACGAUGAGAAGGUAGAUAUAUGGGCGAUGGGGACGAUCAUCGCAGAACUGUUUCUGAUGCACCCUCUCUUCCAGGGUGACGAUUCGCCGGACCAGCUCUACAGGAUAUGCGAAGUCAUCGGCGCUCCAAGUAGGGAUUCACGGACGAUGCCUAAACUUGGGCCGGAGAAUGGUGUGGGUCUUCGAGCAUUGAUGCCAUAUGCCAGUGAAUCGGCCAUCGAUCUCAUAGAGUCUCUUUGUUCUUGGGACCCUUUGAAAAGGCCUAGUGCUAAGGAAGCUCUCCAGCAUCCCUUCUUCAAGAGAGGGCAGAAUGUUGACGCUCCUCCUGGGUUCGGCUCAUAUUGCACUCAUACAAGGAACAGUGUGGUUCCGAAGAUGAGAGAGUUAUCAACCAUGCAGCCAAUACUGGGAGCCUAUUGA